UUUCGUCGGCUCAUCUUCUAUAUAAAGAUCUCUCCUUUUGUCAACUCCCUCAACUCCCCAGAUUAUAUCCUUCCGCAGUUAAUUUUUCUCUUCGAUUCCAUAUAUCGAGUACCCAGAUUCGGAUCCAGAUGGAGGGGUUGGAGAUUCCAUCGCACUUCCUUUGCCCGAUCUCGCUGGAGAUGAUGCGCGACCCGGUGACGCUGCCCACCGGAAUCACCUACGAUCGCCAGAGCAUCGAGGGGUGGCUCUUCGACCGGAAGCAGAGCACCUGCCCGGCGACGAGGCAGCAGCUACCGGCGGACGUCGCCGUCACCCCCAACCAUACGCUCCGCCGGUUGAUUCAGGCGUGGUGCACGCUCCACUCGUCCGACGGCGUGGAGAGGAUCCCGACGCCGAGGCUCCCCAUCGGCCAGGACCAGGUCGCCGCGCUGCUCGACGCGGCGGCGCGCCCGUCCACGCAGGUCGACGCGCUGCGCAAGCUGCGGCAGAUCUCCGCUGAGAGCGAACGGAACAGACGGUGCGUCGCCGCCACGCCCGGCGCCGUGGAUGCGUUGGCUCGAGUUAUUAUCCUCUCCGCCGCCUCGAGCGAUACUGAGAUCGACCAAGAUUUGAUUUUGACAUCGAAUUCGACCGCUUGCGACGAGGCUCUCGUCGUCCUCCAAUCUCUUCAGAUCUCUGGCGAUCAGCUCCUUGACCUCGUCGCCAGAAAUGGCAACUUGGUCGGGUCGUUGACCGCCGUCUUGCGACGCUCGAAUCACCAAUCGAGGAGCUACGCGAUUCUCAUCCUGAAGUCCGUUCUCGCCGUCGUCUCUCCCACCCGAUUGAUGAGCCUCCCACAGGAGCUGUUCGACGAGGUGGUGGGCGUGAUCCGCGACGGCGUGUCGCCGCAGGCGACCAAGGCAGCGCUGCGAGCCCUGGCCGGCGCGUGCCCCUGGGGUCGGAACCGAGCCAAGGCUGUGGCGGCUGGGGCGGUGCACGCUAUGGUGGAGCUACUGCUGGAGGAGCCGGAGCGGCGGACGUGCGAGGCCACGCUCGCGGCGCUGGCCUCGGUGUGCGGGUCCGCAGAGGGGCGGGCGGAGCUGGUGCGCCACCAGGCGGCGGUGGCGGUGGUGUCUAAGAAGAUACUGAGGGUGUCGCAGUUGGCGAGCGAGAAGGCGGUGCGGAUUUUGCACCAGCUGGCGAGGCACGCGGCGACGGCGGCGCUGCUGCGGGAGAUGGCGCAGGUGGGGGCGGUGAUGAAGCUGUGCAUGGUGGUGCAGGCCGGCGUCGGGGGAAAGACGGAGGAGAGAGCGAGGGAGAUCCUGAGGAUGCACGCGAGGACGUGGCGGAACUCGCCGUGCGUGUCUCCACUGUUCACGAACGGGUUUUCCACUUCAAAAUAAUUAAUUAGUAUUAUCAAAGACGAAGACAAUUUAGAACAGAUAGCUCUUUUAAAAAAAUAAUAAUAAAAAUUGUACAUUAAUUCUUAUUCUUUUUUCCCUAUUUAUUGGGCAUGAAAUUAAGCAUGUCGGCAAAGCUGAAUUACUGGUAAAUUUCCUUGAAAAAGGACCUUUAAUCGCG